AUUAUUUUUUUCUUUAAAAAAGAGGAACAAAAAUGAAGUUCAACCUAGAAACAUACAUGUCUGUCAGGCAAACUAAAAAUUGCCGCGAAACCAACGGCAUUCUAAAACCCUAAUAACGUCUUCGUAAAACCCUCAAAAUCUCUAUUCGGAUAUGCUAUCAUGUAAUCUUCUAGUUCUUUCUAACUUUAUUCUUAAUCCCAAUACUUCUGUCUCAAUCCUCAAAUUAUCACAGGAAACAACCACCUCUUUUCCCUUUUCAUUUCCACAUUUUUCUUCAAUUUUCACUUUUCCCUCAAAAAUUCACUAUUUUCCAUGCUUAAUCACAUACACCGAUGGAACACCAAACACAUUAUGUCUGUGGAAAAAUCUCGAAUUCUCUCAUCCCUCAUUUUCACCAAGCUCACUGUCUCAGCUGCAAAGAUAGGGGACGAAGAAGAACCCAUUGUCCGAACCCACACAGACACUGUUACUGAAAUCCUCCUUGGCUUGAAGAGCUUUGGUUUGAGAAGUUUUCUUGGCGGGGAUUACUUCAAAAACGUUUUCUCUACAUUGAAUCAGCCUGAGGUGGAUUCAGUUAUUGAUACUUUGAGAGUCGAGAACCCAGAAUUUGCUUUGGGUUUCUUCUUUUCAUUGAGAAAUGUUUAUGGCUUUGGACAUUCGAGGUUUUCCCGGUUCGUCGUCUCCCAUGUUUUGGCGUCAAAAAGCUGGUUUGAGGAAUUGCGUUUGGUUAUAAAGCAAAUGGUGGAAGAGGAAGGCUCUGGUUCUGCACCUUCGCUUUGUGAACUGCUGUUGAAUAGAUUUGGGGACUGGGAUGCAAAUAGGGUGGUGUGGGAUAUGUUGGCAUUUUCAUAUUCAAGAUGUGAGAUGGUUCAUGAUGCUCUCUUUGUUCUUGCUAAGAUGAAAGAUUUAAAUUUGCAUGUUUCAUUGGCAACAUAUAACUGUCUGUUGUAUAACUUGAGGGAGACAGACAUCAUAUGGGAUGUAUUUGAUGAAAUUAAAUCCCGUGGUGUUCCUCAAAAUGAGUACACUGAUUCCAUACUUAUAGAUGGUCUAUGUAAGCAAUCGAAGAUGCAAGAAGCGAUUUUGUUCCUGAGGAGCAGUAAAGAGGAGCCUGGGCCUUCUUCUGUUUCAUUCAAUACUAUCAUGUCAAGAUUUUGUAAGUUGGGUCUGGUGGAUGUUGCAAAGUCAUUGUUUUGUAUGAUGUUGAAGUAUGGACUACUUCCUGAUUCAUACAGUUACAAUAUUAUUAUUCAUGGGCUAUGUGUAGCAGGGUCAAUGGAGGAAGCUUUAGAGUUCACAAAUGACAUGGAGAAGCAUGGAUUAGAGCCUAACAUAGUAACAUAUAACAUUCUUGCUAAAGGGUUUCACUUACUUGGUCUAAUGAAUGGAGUUCGGAAGGUUAUUCAAAACAUGUUGCAUAAAGGGUUGAAUCCAGAUCAUGUUACAUUUACAAUCCUGAUAUGUGGGUAUUGUUAUGCAGGAGAUAUUGAGGAAGCCCUUAAGCUACGGGAAGAGAUGCUAUCACGUGGUUUUCAGUUGUCUGUCAUGUUGUAUGGUGUACUUCUUAGCUGCUUGUGUAAAAGUGGACAGGUUGAAGAAGCUUUGAGAUUGCUUGAUGAAAUGGAGUCCUUGGGGUUGGAACCGGAUCUAAUAACCUAUUCUAUAGUAAUCCAUGGCCUCUGCAAACAAGGAAAGGUUCAAAGGGCUAGUCAAUUAUACAAGGAAAUGUGCUUGAAAGGAAUUUUACCCAAUAAUUUUGCUGCCCGGUCUAUUCUGUUGGGUCUUCGGGAGAAGGGAAAUAUAUCUGAAGCCAGGAAAUAUUUUAACACUUUGAUAAGAAUGGGGUUGAUGUACGAUAUCAUCAUCUAUAAUAUUAUGAUUGAUGGGUAUGUAAAAACAGGUAAUAUUUUUGAAGCUGUACAGUUGUAUAAAAAAAUAAUAGAAAAGGGGAUCACUCCUAGUGUUGUAACUUUCAAUACUCUCAUUUACGGUUUGUGUAAAACUGGAAAACUUGCUGAGGCUUUCAACUUUUUGAAUAUUAUCAAGCUGCAUGGGUUGGUACCAAAUGCGGUUACUUAUACUACUCUCAUGAAUGCUUACUGUGAAGAAGGAAACAUCAAUGACAUGCUUAAAUUACUACAGGAGAUGGAAGUCAUAGGUGUGAGGCCAACUCAUGUAACCUACACUGUGGUUAUCAAAGGACUCUGCAAACAGUGGAAGCUUCAAGAGACUUUCCAGUGGGUUAAUAAUAUGUAUAUUAAGGGUUUAGUGCCAGAUCAAAUCACAUACAACACCAUCAUCAAGUAUUUUUGCAAGGCUCGGGACUUUACAAAAGCUUUUCAGUUACUCAACGACAUGUUAUUGCAUAAUCUCAAGCCAACUCCUGCUACAUACAAUGUUCUUUUGAAUGGUCUUUGUGUACAUGGCGACCUCAAGGAUGCUGACUGUCUACUUGUUUCUCUUGAGGAACGCAAUGUUUGUCUGACAAAAGUUGCUUAUACCACAAUAAUUAAAGCUCAUUGUGCAAAGGGUGAGGCAUGUCAAGCAAUGAGAGUCUUCCAUCAGAUGGCAAAGAAAGGAUUUGAAAUAUCUGUCAGAGAUUAUAGUGCUGUGAUAAAUAGAUUGUGCAAAAGAAGUCUAAUUACUGAAGCAAAAUAUUUUUUCAACAUGAUGUUAUUUGAUGGCAUUGCUCCUGAUCGAGAGCUUUGUGGGGUGAUGCUUAAGGCUUUUCAUGAAGUCGGUGAUACCAAUUCGGAAUCAGAGAUUAUCGCUGGGAUGAUAAAAUCUGGCUUGGUUCCUGGUAAAACUGAAUAAUGAUAAUAAAAGAAAAGAAGAUUCUUUAUCACCUUAUCAUUGGAGAAGACCUACAGCUUCACUGAUACAGAACUUUUAGUGAGCAAAGUAACAGUACCUUUUGGAGAACAAGUACCAAGCUUUUAAUAUACUUUAACUCCACAUCAAGCUGGACCAUUAAAACAGUGAAUAUUGGAGGGUUAGGUUGUGUACAAACUCGAGAACCAUUUCUUCAGUUCACCACCCCUGCAGGAGUAAAGAAAUUAUACGUGUAUAUAUUUUACAAAAAUGUGUGAUCAAAGUUCGCUGUACCACCACAUUGAAUUGGUUGCGAGGUGACGCAACGAACAAGGCUUAUGGAGCUGACACAACUCUCUCACAAGCUCAUCCAAAUCGUUCAAAGAGCUCCCACUGUCGCUCACUGCUGCAAGAGCCUUCUCUCUGAACUCUUUGGCUUUCAUUUUCUCAGGUGCAUUCUCACUCAUGGAUUUGGCUAUCGCCUUUCCCAGCUCAGCAGGUUCAGGCACUGCAUCUGCUCCCUCGCACACCCUGGUAGCUAUACCCAUGCACUCCACCAGCAGCCUAGCAUUUACAUGCUGGUCGGCCUCCAUGGGCCAUCCCAAUAUCCUCACCCCAGCUUCUAUGCCUUCCAGUGUCGAGUUCCAUCCACAGUGACUUAGAAAUCCUCCCACAGCUCGGUGGCCCAGUAUCAUCACCUGUGGCGCCCAACUCUUUACAACCAAUCCCUUCUUACCUAUUCUCUCCUCGAAUCCAUCUGGAACAACACCAAUCCCUGCUGUAACCUGCUCGGCGGUGCCAGUUUUCACGACCCAUAUGAACUGGAUCCCGCUCUGUUCAAGCGCAGAAGCCAAGGCCUCCAUUUGCUGCCUCUUUAGCAGCUUCUGACUCCCAAAACAAACAUAGAGUACGGAGUCAUCUGGACACUCAUCAAGCCAAGCCAGAACGCUUGCACAAUCUAGAUUGUUCUCAGGAUCAGGUCUUUCCCUAAUGCCAAGUGAACUUAAUGGGCCAACCCCGUAGAUUCUCCGGUGACCCAAUUUCUUCUUUAAGUAUCUUAAAUACUCUCCUUCUAAAUCUUCGAAGGUAUUAAAAACACAACCCCAGCUGGAAUAGUUUGCCAUGAGGCCAUCUCUGACGAAAUCAGUGUCUGGUUUUGAUUCCCUGCAGAGCCGCACUAUGGAAGGCAAAUGUUCCUCUUUGAAGGACGGGGAUCCAGGGAAAUCAGGGAAUUCCACGACCGAGCAAGAACUCUUUUCCAAGGCACUCAAAACACUACAACACUGAUCAAGAACAAAGCUUAAUAGAACCUGAGAUGAGAAGAAGGCUACCCUGGGAAUAUUAAUCUGCUGGGCAAGGUGCAGAGUCCACCCAAGGAAAAAGUCAGAGAUAAGGGCAACAGGGGGAUUGUGAUGGGAUUCAUACCAGUGGAUAAUGGGCUCCCUGAGUUUUCCGAGGGCGUUAGAUAUGGGAAAGUUUCCGGCAUUGCCGAUGUCCCUGACGUUCUCCACGCCGGAGGGUAAGUUGGGGUAGGCUGGAAAGGGGAGGACCAAGGUGUGAACAGUGAUGGGGUGAGCAGAGAUGAGUGGGCGUAGAGUUGGGAGGUUCUUGGGGGUGAUUAUAAUGGUGAUGAUAAAGUCUUGGAGGGCCAAAUGGUGGGUGAGAUCAAGGAGUGGGAGCAUGUGGCCUUGUGCUGGGUAUGGAAACACCAGAAUAUGGGGCUGGUUUGAGCCACCAGUCGCCAUAGUUUUUUCGUGCCACGAAUUUAGUGUGUGAGAGAGU